AUGGAGACCCUCUGCCCCGCACCCCGCCUGGCAGUGCCGGCGUCCCCGCGAGGGUCGCCCUGCUCUCCCACGCCCCGGAAGCCGUGUCGGGGGACCCAGGAAUUCUCUCCGCUGUGCCUGCGUGCCCUCGCCUUCUGCGCCCUUGCCAAGCCCCGGGCGUCCUCUCUGGGCCCGGGGCCUGGGGAGCUGGCGGCGCGGUCUCCCGUGCUGCGGGGCCCUCACGCCCCCCUGCGCCCUGGCGGCUGGGCCCCGGAUGGCCUGAAGCACCUCUGGGCACCGACCGGGCGGCCCAGCGUUCCUAACACCGCGUCCAGCGAGGAUGCGGACGUUGCAGCGUGCCCCCGCCGCGGAGAAGAGGAAGAGGGCGGAGGCGGUUUCCCGCACUUCGGCGUUCGCUCCUGUGCACCUCCGGGCCGCUGCCCUGCGCCCCCGCGCCCUCGGGAAUCUACGACCGGCUUCGCCUCGGCCCUGCCUCUCCCGGCCCCGGGUCUCGAGCCUCAGCGUGGCCCAGCCGCCAGCCCGCCUCAUGAGCCCAGUUCCCAACCUCCGUCGCCACCUGCGGGCCUCUCCACCGAUCCCGCGGGUCCCGGGGCGGCGCCGGGGCCAUUCCUGCCCGGCCAGCCUGCCGAAGUCGAUGGAAACCCCCAGCCGGCCGCCCCCGAGGCUCCAGCGGCCAGCCCCUCGACGGCCAGCCCGGCUCCGGCCGCACCUGGAGAUCUCCGCCAGGAACAUUUCGAUCGUCUGAUCCGCCGAUCGAAACUUUGGUGUUACGCGAAGGGCUUCGCCUUGGAUACCCCGAGUUUGCGCCGGGGGCCAGAGCGGCCGCCUGCGAAAGGGUCGGCUCGGGGAGCCGCCAAGAAACGCCGGCGGCCGGCGCCCCCUGCGCGCACCGCGCAGCCCCGCCGCCCUGCACCGACGCUCCCCACCACGAGCACCUUCAGCCUCCUCAACUGCUUCCCCUGCCCCCCGGCCCUGGUGGUCGGGGAAGACGGAGACCUAAAGCCGGCAUCCUCGCUUCGCCUCCAGGGAGACUCUAAGCCCCCGCCCGCCCACCCGCUGUGGAGGUGGCAGAUGGGGGGUCCCGCUGUCCCUGAGCCCCCUGGCCUCAAAUUCUGGGGGAUCAACAUGGAUGAAAGCUGACCGUGGGACUUCUGCCAAAGGGGAAAAGUUGGGACCAUGGCCAAACCGCGGGCUUGAGGAGAGAGCCCCGUUUCUCACAUUUGUCCCCUUCCUUUACAUUUUAGGAGCUGUGGGCAGAGGAACCUAAAUGACAGUGAUCUUCAAGCACCUAAGUGUUCGGGGUGACAGUCCCUCCCCCUCAUCCUUUGCAAAGAAACCCAGGGCUGGAGUCGGGAGAAGGCUUAAGCAAGAAAGGCUGAUGACAUAGAUUCCAAUCCCUGCCCCCUUCCAUCUCGGACC